AGAGGAGACAGUUAGAAAUACCUUUUAAGCAAAAACUCAUUUCCUUCAUCGUCAUCUUCUUCUCCUCACAUAUCUUUCACAAACCAAAAAAAUCAAUUAUUAAGUUCACACUUACACGCACCCUCGAGAUUCUCUGUCUUUUUCUCUUUCAAAAUCUCCUUUGAUCCAAUCCAGUGAUCCACACAUAUACACUUUCUUAGUUUUGAUCUUUUCCAAGUUAUCUCACACAUUCACAAGAAGAAACAAAGACUAGUAUAAUAUCUAUAGACUAGAUUAGAUCAAACCUAACAAGUUCAUUGGAUCGAGUUUUAAUUUUGAACUUAUCGGACUUGCUGAAUUACUUUCUUGUUCUUGGAAUUUGAAAUGGAGAUGUUUCCAUGUCAUUUUUCUUGGUCGGUGGAAGGAGGACUGUUUCAUUCGUAUUUGAAAACCAGGGAAUGAAUAUCAAUCAUUCUAUUUCUAUAUAGGUAAUUGUAAUUUAUACUGCUUGAUUCAACUACUAUGGCUGGAGAAAUUGAAGAACCCAUUAAACUUCAGUUGACAUCUGUACACUCGGGUUCUGUAUCAUUUGGAAGGUAUGAGAAUGAUGAUACCUUGGCGUGGGAAAGAAGUUCGCCUUUCCCGCAUAAUAGGUAUCUUGAAGAGGUUGAGAAAUACUCAAGUCCUGGUUCUGUUACUCAGAAGAAAGCUUAUUUUGAAGCUCAUUUUAAGAAGAAGGCUCUUCUGCGCCAGGCUUCAGAGUGCCAAAAUGGGACUGAAUGUCAAACAAGUGACAGUGAUUACCUGGAUCAAAUGAGUUGCAUGGAAGACUAUGAGCAAUCUAAUGCAGAAACCAGAUAUGACGAUGAGCAAUCUAAUGCAGAAACCCGUUACGACUAUGAGCAAUCUAAUGCAGAAACCCAUUAUGACUGUGAGCAUUCUAAAGCAGAAACCCAUUAUGACUAUGAGCAUUCUAAUGCAGAAACCCACUAUGCCCAAUGUGACGAAAGCAUAGAUGGUUCAGAUGAUCAUGAAGAAUGUGAGGUGAUAAUGAUCUGUGAAAGAGAGUGCCAGGAAAUUGCACUUGAAUUUGGGAUUGAGCACACUAUCGAGAAUCCUGAAGUUGCAUACUACCACGAUUCUGAACAUAUUGAGCCUGCCGAAGAGCAUCGGAAUCAUAUUGAAUGUGAACUACCUGAAUUACUUAUCGAUGAAGUAGAGGAAAAGCAAAUGCUUGCUUAUGAAACUAAAUGUCUUGAUGGAUUACCCGGAAGCAGUGAUUGCUCAAUUCCGACUACUGAGAAAGAUCAUGAGCCUUGCAUUGACAUAACCGAAAAAUCCCCUCCGGAGGAGAAAAAAAAGAAGGUAAAGGCCACAGAAGAAACCCAUACUGUUAAACCCAAAUUGAAGACUCAGUUAGAAGCUGCUGAGGGACCAAUCAAGAGUUCAAGUGAAGCAUCUAAGGAUUCUGCAGGAACUUCAAGGAAAAUGGGAAGAGGAAGUCCACUGAGAACUAAAACAGAGAAAUUUUCACGUCAGAAGGGUCAAGCAAUCGUUUUUACUCAUCCCAAAACUCAGAAACCAGAGGACUCGGAACUGGUGAAGGCAAAACAAAGCCAAGAGAACAGAAGUAGGAAAGAUCAGAGGGCAAAGAGUGCAGGCAGUAUACCUCAGUCCUCCGUGCCAGACAAGGCUGAACCUAGACCUCGGCGAAGUGCCAGCAGGCCUAAGCAAACCAUUGAUCCCAUUGGCAAACACGAUGUGAAAGUAAUUGUUCCAGUUUUCAAAAGUGAUGAAAGAGCAGAGAAGAGGAAAGAGUUCUACAUGAAGUUAGAGGAAAAAAUGCAUGCCAAAGAAGCAGAGAUGAACCAGAUCCAAGCAAGAACACAGGAAGAGGCAGAAGCUGAGCUAAAGAAACUUCGGAAAAGGCUAAACUUUAAAGCAAAACCAAUGCCUUCUUUUUACCAAGAAUCCGUGUCACGAGGCUCCGACGGAAAAAAGGCUAUAACAAUUCAACCAAAAUCUACUAAAUCACGGAGCAAGUCUACAAGUCCAGUGAGAAGAGCUGCAACUGGCUCAUCAGUGUCUUCAAAACCUGGGAGUAAACAAGGCACAACUCUCAGUGAAUCCAUGAGAACACCUGCUCAACCUCAGACAUCAGAAUCAACUAAGAAUGUCUCAGAGACUAAUGACAGUACUCAAAACCCGUCUGCCAACAAAAAUCGUGCAGCACAGAAAAGAACUGAGUCAGCAGGGAAGAAAGAGAAAGAGAAGAGUAAGGAUGCUAAUGUGCAGAAACAGCAAGGGACAGAUAGUUCUAAGGUUAAGAAAGGAGAGAAAAUCGAGGGGAAGAGAUUAGGAGGAAGGAAUAGCAGCAGUGGUAUGAUGAGAUCAAUGAGGAAGGACGUCGCGAUUUGUGGGAAUUCAGGAAUGGAAUGUCUCCCUGUCGGCGUUGCUUCCUGAGUAACUCCUCGACCCAAAUUUUUCUCUUCAUCUAUUAAUCUGUUUGUUGUUAUAUUUUUAUGUCUCUUCGUUCUCACUUUUUUGUAUCUUUGUAGAUGUAUGAAGCUUUAGCAGGAAUAGAAAUAUAAAUAAGAUGUGGUUGCGUUAGGGAGGCAUAAAAUUAGAAUCUCCCUUGGCCACUCCCUUCACUAUUCCAUUUUCUUUGUGUAGAUUUUUUCAGUAUA